GGACUGAGUGGAUGGUUGGUAAAGAGACUGGCAAUGCAUAUGUGAACAGCUGUUCAUGAAGUCUCUGUCGUGUUAUAACAUUCGGAUAUAAAGGUUCAAGGAAAUCGCUGAGUAAAAAACAGACAGUAGGAAUAGUGGUUUAAGAAUCAUUAUGGAAGAGAAGAAGGAGGAGGGGGAAGCAGAGAUCCAAGAACACGGCCCCGAACAUUGGUUUUCCAAAUGGGAGCGGCAGUGUUUGGCAGAGGCCGAACAAGAGGAACCGAGUGAAGAAGAGACAGAGCAAAGCCAACAAAAAUUAUGGCACCUCUUUCAGAAUUCUGCCACUGCGGUCGCUCAGCUAUAUAAAGAUAGAGUUUGUCAACAGCAGGGGCUGUCCUUAUGGGUCCCAUUUCAAAAUGCAGCAACUGCCGUCACCAACCUUUACAAAGAAAGCAUAGAUGCCCACCAACGAAGUUAUGACCUUGGCAUUCAGAUUGGGCACCAGCGACGGAAUAAAGAUGUUUUGGCGUGGGUGAAAAAGAGGAGGCGGACCAUCAGACGAGAGGAUCUAAUCAGUUUCCUGUGUGGCAAGGUCCCGCCCCCUCGCAGCUCCAGAGCCCCGCCCAGACUCACAGUGGUGUCACCAAGCCGACCAUCUUCAACGGAAACCAGCUCCUCUGUGGAGACAGACCUGCAGCCUUUCCGAGAGGCCAUUGCCCUGCAUGGUCUAAGUGGAGCAAUGGCGAGUAUCAGCAUGCGUUCUGGAGCCCCUGGCUCUCCUACACAUUUGAGUGCUGGCUCCGCCCCCAGUCGUCGUAGAAAUGGUCUCCAUGAUGUCGACCUGAACACUUUUAUCGCAGAGGAAAUGGCGCUUCACCUGGACAACGGCACCCGGAAACGAAGCUCCGCCCAGUGCAAUGAUGUCAUCACAGACUCUCCUACCCACAAACGCAAUAGAAUGAUCUGAGCUCUCACGAAGGAACAAGGAAAAAAAAAAACAUACGACAAAGCCACUUCUCUCCCAUAUUUCCCAUCUUUUCUCCAGACCAGGAGACAAAGCAGCCAAUAAAAGAGCUCGGUGCAGCCCAGAGCAUUCUCUGGUUGGUCAAAUGUACUGUGUAAGGUAAUCAGUGUGGGGACAGAGUUCAGUGCAGAGGCCCAAGUGCCCUUCCAUAUAUUCCCAUAUACACAAAUCCCACUCUGUGGUUCAGCACCACCGUUUGUGUCUGUGUGUGCGUGCGCACGCACGCAUGUGUGAGAGAGAGUUUUAAGGCAGAACUGAGUCUUGACCGAAUGCAGGUAUAUAGUGUGCGUGUGUGUGUGUGUGUGUAAUGUGGAGCCUGCCUCCUCCUAUAGCUCCUGUCACUGCCCCAGUUCAGUGCAACUACAGUGCGGCUUCAAGAUUGACAAGUGUUUUUCAUUUCUAAAUCCUAUUUACAAUGUUAUUUUAUUUUAACUGUGUUUUUGUUCUGUUUUUUUUUUUUUGCCUUUUCUGUCACUGCUUCUGUUUUAGGCACAAGUGCUCCGAUAUCAAAAUCUUACAGAAUAUUAAGAUCUUAAAAUACUGAGCACGUCCCAGAAUCAAAUUUUUUUUCUCUUUAUUCUGUUUCUCUUUACAAUGCUUCACUCAUUCUCCCCGAGAGCCCCUUCUCACUCUCUCUCUCCUUCCCUCUCCUCCCCUCUCCCCCUCUUUUUCUCACCCUCUCUUCCUCCCAUAGCGCCUCCUUGUCUCCAGUGUAACAUUAUGUAAUGUAAAUACGAGUAGGUGCUGAUGUAGAACUUCUGUGGUACAUAUUGUAAAAAAGAGCUGUGCAGAGACCAUUGAAUUGUUAAUGUACAAUAAUGAUUCCUGCAUUAAAGAAAAUCAGGCUUUUAAUUAUC